AAUACUCUUCAAAUUAACGUUACAAGCAAGAAAAAGUUCACAGUUUUGAAGCAAACUCAAAGAGACAGACACAGAGAGAGAGAGAGAGAGAGAGAGAGAGUCCUAUAACGUACAAAACAGAAAAAUAAAACUUGGGUUUUCUUUAAGUUGCACCUUUUGGUGUUCUUUUUAUCAAAUCUCACAGGGUAGCGGUGUUUGGACAGUGGGAAAAUGGGUUUGUUUUCUGGGAUUUUUCUGGGGAUGGCAUUCGGCAUAGCAUUGAUGGCUGCGUGGCAGCGCAUGAUGAGGUACCGAAGCGCCAAGCGAAUUGCAAAGGCAGUUGACAUUAAACUCCUUGGGUCCCUUAACAGAGAUGAUUUAAGGAAAAUUUGCGGUGAUAAUUUUCCUGAAUGGAUAUCUUUUCCCGUAUAUGAGCAGGUGAAAUGGCUAAACAAGCAGCUAUCCAAACUUUGGCCAUUUGUGGCUGAUGCAGCUACAUUGGUGAUAAGAGAAUCUGUUGAACCACUAUUGGAAGAGUACAGACCCCCGGGAAUUACUUCAUUGAAGUUCAGCAAGCUGUCUCUUGGAAAGGUGCCCCCAAAAAUCGAAGGUAUUCGUGUUCAGAGUCUUAACAAAGGUCAAAUCAUAAUGGACAUUGAUUUCCGUUGGGGUGGUGAUCCCAAUAUUGUUUUGGCUGUUGAAGCUGCACUUGUUGCUUCAAUCCCUAUUCAGUUGAAGGAUCUCCAGGUUUUCAGCAUUAUUCGUGUUAUAUUCCAACUUGCUGAAGAAAUCCCCUGCAUUUCUGCUGUUGUUGUUGCCUUACUUGCUGAGCCAAAGCCUAAAAUUGAUUACACACUGAAGGCUGUUGGUGGAAGUUUGACGGCACUUCCUGGAAUUUCAGAUAUGAUUGAUGAUACUGUGAACUCAAUUGUUACUGAUAUGCUCCAAUGGCCUCAUAGGAUUGUCGUUCCACUUGGGGGUAUACCUGUUGAUACUAGUGAACUGGAGCUUAAACCCCAGGGAAGGCUUACAGUGACUGUAAUGAGAGCGAAUGAUUUAAAGAAUAAGGAAAUGAUUGGGAAAUCUGAUCCUUAUGUAGUUGUGCAUAUUCGACCACGGUUUAAGGUUAAAACGAAGGUUAUUGAUGACAAUCUGAAUCCUGUUUGGAAUGAGGUAUUUGACUUGAUUGCAGAAGACAAGGAGACCCAGUCACUCAUUCUCGAGGUUUUUGAUAAAGACAUUGGGCAAGAUAAGCGAUUGGGAAUAGCAAAAUUACCUCUUAUUGACCUGGAAGCAGAAACUGAAAAGGAGUUGGAAUUGCAGCUGCUGUCAUCCCUUGAUACUCUGAAAGUGAAAGAUAAGAAGGAUCGAGGAUCCUUGACCAUAAAGAUCUUCUAUCAUCAAUUUAACAAGGAAGAGCAGUUGGCUGCACUGGAAACUGAGAAAAGGAUACUAGAUGAAAGGAAGAAACUGAAAGAGGAGGGAGUUAUAGGAAGUACAAUGGAUGCAAUAGAUGGAGCAGUAUCAGUAGUUGGGUCUGGUGUUGGACUGGUUGGUACUGGUGUUGUUAGCGGUGCUGGGCUUGUGGGAAGUGGAAUUGGUGCUGGAGCUGGGCUUGUUGGCAGUGGCCUUGGUGCUGUUGGUAGUGGACUGAGCAAAGCAGGAAAGUUUAUGGGUAGGACAAUCACAGGGCAAGGUGUAUCCAGAAGGAGUGGUUCAUCUACUCCAGUCAAUAAUGUGGAGGAGAGUGGUGGUGGUGCAAAGCCUCUGUAACUGCAAGAGUAAUGAAAUGACCUUGAAUAUUUAGUUUAAACUCUCACAGUAGAUGUAUAUUACCUAUGUUGCUUGUUCUUAUAUAUAUAUAUAUAGAGAGAGAGAGACAUUUUCUGAGGCUGUUGUUGAUGGAAAUAGAUUGAAGACUGAUAGCUGAAAUGUGGAUUUAGUUUUAGUUGUACCAUCUUUAUCUGUAAUUAUAGUUUAACUUGGAUGUGUAAUAAAA